AAACAGUUCAUAAUUAACAAACAUGAAUAUGCAAUUUACAAUAAGUACAGUUCUUUCACUAGUGACUCUGUUAUGGCGCACAGAGUUAGUAUCUACAACUAAGCCUUGCCCAAACUGUGGCCGUACAGUAGUUCCCUUCCCACUGAGCACCGAACCAGAGUGCGGGGACCAGCAAUACAAGGUCCGAUGCGAGAUGGGCAAGCUCUGGUUCGACGCACUAAACAGCUCCUCAUACGAGAUUACUCUCAUCGACCCCCCGGCUCAUCGUCUAGUGGUUCGGCCUCCAGGGCUGGCGAAAGACAGUAUUAAAACGUGCAUGGCGGCCGAUUUCCGAAGCCACGGGAUUCAGCUGAACGACACUCUUCCUUUCAACAUUUCGGGGAGCAACACGGUGGUGGGGAUGAACUGUUCAUCCGAAGUUCUCGAAAUUUCAUGGAACUGUUCGUCCAAUAGCCCAUGUCACGAUUACAUUCGAAGCAAGGCAAUGAAAGAGUGUGGGAGUUUGCCAAUUUGCUGUGUUUACAGGACAGGUGGGUCGGUUAAUGAGUUUAGGAUUAGAGCCAGAGAGCAGCGUUGCUCGGCCUAUGAAGUAUUUGUGAAUUUGGAUAGUUCGAUGCCCGUGACUAAGUGGCCGAUGCCUGGCGUGGAGAUCGAGUGGGUUCCGCCGGGAGAAUCGAUGUGCAAAACGUCAAUGGAUUGCCAGGCUUGGGCCAAUUCAGAGUGCUUGGCGGAUCAAGUUGGACAGAGAAGAUGUUUAUGCAAGGCCGGAUUUCGAUGGGACCCCAUUAAUGGUGUUUGUCAAAAUCUAAGGUGUUCGAAAGGAAGAAGUAGUUAUUGCAAGAAUAAGACAAAAAUCAAAACCUCGUUAAUUGGAGGCUUAGCUUUUGCUGGGGUUGCAAUUCUUAUCGGAAUCAUGACAACAAUGAUUAUGGUUUACAAGCGACGAGAGCACAAUAUUCAAAGGGAAUCCAAAGCAAAUAUAUCAAUGAGAGAAGACUUGAAGCUAAACGCAAACUACAUCAGCAACAAUGGAAUGGCAGUAGCCAAGAUAUUCAACACCCGAGAAAUAACAAAAGCAACAAACAACUUCUCCAAACAAAACCUCCUUGGCUCGGGCGGCUUCGGGGAGGUCUUCAAGGCCGUCCUGGACGACGGCAGAGUCACCGCAGUGAAGCGCGCCAAGCCAGGCAGCACCAAGGGCGCCGCGCAAAUAAUCAAUGAGGUUCGCAUUCUUUGCCAAGUGAACCACCGAAGCCUAGUCCAGCUCCUAGGCUGCUGCGUCGAACUUGACUUGCAGCCCAUUUUAGUCUACGAAUUCGUACCAAAUGGAACCCUUUUCGAUCACAUUCACAACCGUCACGCUAAGACAGACCCGCUCAGCUGGAGGAGACGGCUCGCCAUUGCAUACCAAACUGCUGAAGGUCUCGCAUACCUGCACACCUCGGCCAUACCACGAAUCUACCACCGUGAUGUGAAAUCGAGCAACAUUCUUUUAAAUGAAAAGUUUGAUGCAAAAGUGGCUGAUUUUGGGCUCUCUAGGCUUGUGGUAACGGAAACGAGUCAUAUCACUACUUGUGCUCAGGGGACAUUAGGGUACCUAGACCCUGAAUACUAUAUUAAUUUUCAAUUGACGGAUAAGAGUGAUGUUUAUAGUUUUGGGGUGGUGUUGUUGGAGCUUUUGACUUCGAAGAAAGCCAUUGAUUUUAAUAGAGAAGAAGAGGACGUGAACUUGGUGGUUUAUGCUAAGAAACUUUUGAGGGAAGAGAGGUUGUUGGAGGCUAUAGAUUCGGAGCUUAAGGAAGGAGCUGAUAAGUUGGUGUUGGAGACUAUCAAGGCUUUGGGGUCUUUGGCUGUGGCUUGUUUGGAUGAGCGGAGACAAAAUCGGCCUUCGAUGAAGCACGUUGCGGAAGAGAUUGAGUAUAUUAUUAGUAUUGUUGAUCAAAAUAAUGGGGUAGUGCCAUUAUCAUAAACUCUAUUUUAUGUUGUGUGUGAAGUGUUUCAUAUAACGCAUUGAUUAAUAAUAAUCUUU